AUGAAGGAACAAUACAGAGGGGUGAAGCGGCCUCUUAAUGAUUCGGGGGUCGGGAAUUAUGGAAACAUUGGAUACUAUGCAAACCAGACCCCAAACGUUCCGUAUAUGCCUCCAGGAAUGGGCUAUUCUUAUGGGACGCAACCGCAGUUCUUGCCACCGCAACCUACAUACCCACAGAUGUGGUUUGGCUACAAUCAAGGACAGCCUGUGGCUCCGCCAGUGUACGUAGACGUAACAAAGUCCAGUAAAAUCAAUUACGAUGAUGAUGAUGAUGACGACGAUGACGAUGACGAUGAAGGAGAAGAAGAGAAGGAAGCACAACAACAACAGCAAGAGCAAGAGCAAGAGCAACUGGGUGAACCGAAAUUGACGCGAAACAGUGAUCCAGAGGAAAAAUCUAUUUGUAUAGAUGAAGUUGAAGGUAUUUCAGCUCAUGGGGACCAAGCAGAAUCACCGACGAAAAAUUAUGUGGAUGAAACCGAGGAUACCAAUGAGGAAGAACAGGAAGAUGAGCCGAAAAUUAUUGACGGAGCAGCAAAAACCGAAGAUAAAGCGAUAUGCAUUCCUGGAACUUCCAUAGUACUUAAAACAGACGAUGAUAUUGCCAAAUGGAAGGAAGAAAGGAGGAAGAUGUGGCUUAUCAAGAUUUCCAACAACAAAGAGACAUACAGACAAAAAUUCAACAUUAAAGAAGAAGAGUUACAUAGCAAUACGCUACAAGAAUCGAAAAAAGAGCGUAAUUUCAUUCAGAACAUCCAGAACCAGGUUAAAAGAUUCCAUCCAAAACCUAGUUUGACCAUCGGACUUCAUCAAAGGAUCUUAAAGGAAGAAAACAGCAAGAUCUUAGACUUCAUUAAAGAACUGGGAGAUGCUAAUUACUUGAAAUACGAGCUUACAGAGGAAGAGAAAGGAGUGUUGUUCGGAAAUAAGGAGAGAAGAAAUGAUAAUAAUAAACGGUUCCAUGGCAGGUAUGAUCAUCAGGCAAAUGGUCGUGGACAUAACAAUAACAAUAACAAUAACUACAAUUACAACCAAAAUAGGAAGAAACGACCCACGACUGAGGGUUGA